GGUGAUUAAUAAAAACCCGUAAUACAAUUCUAUAAUUGUUCUAAUGGAAAAUAGUCCAAAGGCUUUGACAAAUCAGAUUCGAGAAGUUAAUCAACCCUGAACUGUAUACUAGUUCUGGAUACAACAGUCAGAAAUUUGCCCCCUAGUGGUUGUCAGGAUGGAUUGAAAAUUUGUUGGAAAACUGUCACUAGUCACAAUAUUGAAAGCUUGAUGGAUGAAAAACUAUCAAACCUUUUUAAAAGCAAUGAGGAAAAAUAUUGAACCAAAUCACAACUCUAGUGAUUAAAUAGUAAUGAUGAGAUUUACAUAAGGAAUCGCGAGCCCUGGAGAUUGAUCCCAGUACUGGUGCAGGAUGUAGAGGGCAUAAUGGACAGGACAGGACAGGACGGAGCGCCGCAGUGAUCCUGAGCAAAACAGGAACAGGGGAAGAGAUUGCGCGUGUGGAAACGUUGAGGCGCGUGCAUACAAGGCUUAUUGCGUUGAGCUGGAGGUCUCUCCGUGUGUGUGUGUGUGUGUGUGUUGACAGGCGCUCAGGAUUAGAGGCUGCUGCGAAAAAUGAUGCCGUUAGCCUCUUAAAAUAGAGGGAGACGGGGACGCUGAAGAAAACAAAAGCCCUGCCGAUACCUAGCAGUGGCUCAGAGCGCGUCCGGAUCCGAGACACAACACACACACAUAUACAUAUAUGCGCACACACUUAACCAUACAUCCUACAUACCGACGUACGGCAUAGAGCAGGAGCAGAAGCCGAGAUGGCUGUGACAGGAGCCGACGAAAUGCCGCGGCAGUUCCCCAAGGUCACGCUGAGUGACGUGGACGAGGAGGUGCGCCUGCUGGCCGAGAAGGUCUACGCCUCCGCGCUGAAGGAGGAGGAGAGUAAAGACGCCAUGUCCAUGUACACGGUGCCUGAGGAUUGUCCCAUCGGUCUCCAGCAGGCCAAGGAGAGGGAGCUGCUCCGGGAGCUGGCCGAGCAGCACUCCGAGGAGUCGGUCAAGAGGAAGAAGAGUUUAAGGAUGAUUCGAUCUCAGUCCAUGCAAAUGCCCGUUUGUGUGGAUUGGGGAAGAACUACGCCCACUCCGCUAGUGUCCCCGUCCUCCACCUGUCCCUCCAUCCCAGACAACUUCCCCGAGUAUCAGAGAGUCACCAUCAGUGGGGAUUAUUGUGCCGGGAUCACUGUGGAGGACUACGAGCAAGCAGCCAAAAGUCUUCUGAAGGCGCUACUCAUCCGUGAGAAAUACUCAAGGCUGGCGUACCACCGCUUCCCCCAGACCACCGCCAGGUUCUUGCGCAGUGCUGAGAACUUGAAGUGGAGAGAGGAGGAUGACGUCCUGCCAGACAUCUGCCCGUGCCCUCGGGAAGGAGAGGACCCCUACAGCACGGAGAACGUUCCGGAGAACCUGAGCUAUGAGCUGAAAAUGAGGGACGGGAUUAUAUACGUGUAUGAGAACGAAGCGGCGCUCAGGGAGAACAGACCUCACUGUCUGCCGUACCCCGACCUCGAGACGUUCGCCAUCGACAUGAGCCACGUCCUGGCCAUGAUCGUAGACGGACCCACAAAGACAUACUGUCACAGACGACUAAACUUCCUGAGCUCGAAGUUCUACUUGCAUGAGAUGCUGAACGAAAUGGCUGAGCUUAAAGAACUCAAAGGCGUCCCGCAUCGAGACUUCUAUAACGUCAGGAAGGUAGACACUCACAUCCACGCUGCAGCCUGUAUGAACCAGAAACACCUGCUUAACUUCAUCCAGACCACCUAUAAGACGGACUCGGAGCGUGUGGUCCUGGAGAAAGCAGGACAGAAACUGACCCUUAAACAGGUCUUCAAUAACCUCAACAUGGACCCUUAUGACCUCACUGUGGACUCGCUGGACGUGCAUGCUGGCAGGCAGACGUUUCAUCGUUUUGACAAGUUCAACUCCAAGUAUAAUCCCGUGGGAGCGAGCGAGCUACGAGAAAUCUACCUGAAAACCGACAACUACAUCGAAGGAGAGUACUUUGCACUUUUGAUAAAGGAAGUCGCUCAUGAUCUGGAGGAGAGUAAAUACCAGCACGCCGAGCCCCGCCUGUCCAUCUACGGACGCUCGCCGGAGGAGUGGGAGAGCCUCUCUCAUUGGUUCAUCCAACAUAAAGUCCACUCCCCCAACAUGCGCUGGGUCAUUCAGGUGCCCAGGAUAUACGAUAUUUUUAUGUCACGGAAGCUGAUUCCAAACUUCGCCAAGAUGCUGGAGAACAUCUUCCUCCCCUUGUUUGAGGCGACGGUGAAUCCUCAGAAGCACAAAGAGCUGCACGUUUUCCUCAAAUAUGUGACCGGCUUCGACAGCGUGGACGACGAGUCCAAGCACAGCGAUCACAUGUUCUCCUACAAAAGCCCCAAACCCGAGCAAUGGACCACGGACGAGAACCCGCCUUACAGCUACUACCUCUUCCACAUGUACGCCAACAUCAUGGUGCUGAACAACCUGCGCAAGGAGCGAGGUCUGAGUACCUUCCAGUUCCGUCCACACUGCGGCGAAGCCGGCUCCAUCACUCAUCUGGUUUCAGCGUUCCUCACCGCGGAUAACAUCUCUCACGGCCUCAACCUCAAGAAGAGCCCUGUCCUUCAGUACCUGUACUACCUGGCCCAGGUCCCCAUCGCCAUGUCCCCUCUCAGUAAUAACAGUCUGUUCUUGGAGUACUCGAAGAACCCGCUGCGCGAGUUCCUGCAUAAGGGUCUGUGUGUGUCUCUGUCCACAGACGACCCCAUGCAGUUCCACUACACCAAGGAAGCCCUAAUGGAAGAGUACGCUAUUGCAGCCCAGCUCUGGAAGCUGAGCACGUGUGAUUUAUGCGAAAUCGCCAGAAACAGCGUCCUCCAGAGCGGCCUAUCUCAUCAGGAGAAAAAGCACUUCCUCGGGGUCAACUACCUAAAGGAUGGACCUGAAGGGAACGACAUCCGGCGCACCAACGUGGCUCAGAUCCGUAUGGCCUACAGACACGAGACGCUGUGUAACGAGCUCAGCUUCCUGGUGGACGCGGUGAAAUCCGAAGCCCUGGGCUCGUUGACGUAGACAGAACAACAUACGCACACACUGCCAUAAGACUGUAGCCAUACAUAAACACUUGCAUGCUGCCUUGUACACAAGACUGCACACAUCAGGUAUUACUUAAUUGCUGCUGCUCGGGUUAGUGGGGUAAAAAAAAUAAUAAUAAUGAAACAGAACAACCUGCCUCACUGUAAUCCACUGUUAGUCUUCCAUGUGAGUCCAGGUUUGCAUGCGUGUUUACUGUGGCCUGCGGUUCUGCACUGAGCAGUACAUUCUCAGAGAUGAAGCACGUCAGGGAUUGAGGUGAUGCGUGGUACUUAAAGCCCAUGCAAUGGCACCCCCUGGUGGAAACAUGGGAAAACUAUGUGUUAGCUAUUAUUGUGGUUUUGGAUGUGAAAUAUGUGCUGUGAUAACAUAUAGAUUAUAUACACCGAUCAGCCAUAACAUUAAAACCAGAUCCCCCCAAAUGCCCUGUCUCAUCGAGGAAUCUCUGAUGGUAUCUGGCACCAAGACGUUAGCAGCAGAUCCUUUAAACUUCGGGUUGGGGCCUCCAUGGAUCUGAUUUACUUUAUUUUUUGGUCCUGUACAAUUGAGAUCAUGGUUCUCAAACUAUUCCUGAACAAUGCUUGCAAUGUUGCAGGGAGUGUUAUUCUACUGAACAAGGCCAUCAAUAUUUGGGAAAUACUGUUUUGGGAUGUUCUUGGUCUGAAACAAUGUUCAGGUAGGUGGGAUGUUUAAAAACAACAUCCACAUGAAUGGCAGGAUCCAAGGUUUCCAAGCAGAACAUCAUCCAAAGCUUCACACUGCAUCUGCUGUCUCAAAUUUUUCCCACGGUGCAUCCUCAUGCCAUCUCUCCCCCAUGUAAGUGACACACAUGCGUACAUCCGGCUGUCCAUGUGAUGUAAAAUAAAAUGUGAUUCCGCCAUCUUCCAUGGAAACACCCAAUAAGAGCUGCUUUGAAUUUAAGAGUCAUCCAGCCAGGACAAUUUGUUCUUUGACACUCAAAUCCUUACAUUUUGCCCAUUCUUUCUGUUUCCAACACGUCAACAUUGAGAAAUGACCGCCGGCACGCUAUCUGUCCACCCCAUGACAGCCAUCACUAUUAUGAUGUUCGCUGGUUUUAAUGUUAUGGUUGAUCGAUUUUUAUAUAUAUACAUAUAUGCUAGGUUUUAACCAAUACAAAAAAAAAAAAAUGUUAAAACGAUCUAUAACCAGAUCUUGUUUCUGGCGCUGCAGAGUGAAGAUACGAAUCCUGGACCUCAUUAAUUUGAGCAUUUUAAGAUACUAUAAGACCUCGAAAAACAACGUAGCUUCGUAGCUAAUGUGCUAA